GCGCUUGACUUCGACCACUACUGACGAGAACUGACUUAGGACCCUCCAUCAUGAUGACCGCUAUGAGACGAGAUACACGCCGUCUUCGUAGUUGAACGCGAGGCAGGCACGUGUUGCAAAGCAUAUCAACCUGGCCUGGCGCCACCAUGGGACCUUCCCCACAUCUCAGAUACCAUUCUCCAUCGCCUGGCGCGCAUUUUAUUAUCCCAACAACAACAAUCAUGUUCUCCUUGUCAUCUCAUGACGAGCCGUAUCGCGCCUCACUUAGAGAUAAUCGUGGUGUUCCAACUCUUCUCUCCCCCUGGGAGUUCCUUGACGACUAUGGCAUAGUUCACCCAUCAGGAUGCGACGUCUGCUCUUCGUACAUGAAGCAUGUCGCUGAUGCAAGCUAUUCCUCUCAUCAGCCAGCAUUCCAAAUUGCCUUCCAAGAUAGGAAGCGCGCACGCGAGGAUGUCUUUAACAAGGGCAUAGCAGAGGGCAUCCGCCGUCAAAAAGAGGAAAAUAGAGUCCUCGUCGAUGACAUUGAUCACUAUCGCUGUGAGCGAAACCAAGCUCGUGAAGAGCUAAGCACUCUUCGUGCCCAGUUAGACGCAACACGUGCAGAAUCAGAGCGUCUACAGGACAAGCUCAAACAGCAGACUGCCCCUUCAGUCGAUCUCUCCAGUCCUAUUGAAUCUGUCUCCCACCAUUCUUCUGUAAAGUCUCUCCAGCUCGACCCUGUCAUCACCCCUGCAGAUCCUCCAUCUGAACCUCGCCUCAACGAUCCUCCUCCCGUCGAUCACCAGCUCUCCCUCGACUUUUUAGCUCCUCUUUAUCCUCAACAGUUGUCUCCCCCUAUGACAACCCCUGCUUCUCCUCAAGCACAGUUGCCCGACUGCGUUGCCGCUCGCUCAUUCGCUGCCGUAUUGGCAACAGGACAGCCAGAUGAUGAUGCUACUUUUCAACCUACAUCAGAUGGCUCCCCUCCAUCAGUCGGCUGGACUGUCGUAUCUUCCUCCACUUAUAAACCGACCAAGCCCGCCAAGAGCAUCAAACAAGUCCAAUCACUCAUUAAAGCCGCCCAUCAGCCAGGGAACUACAGCGCACUCACAAAAGUCAAAGCGCUCUGUUCAGACGCCCACAAAACACCUAGAGACCAAAAGACUGAAGUCCAGCGCUACUUGUUAUCCAAUUGGCGAACUCCUGAUUGGGAGCAUCCAUCAUUACUUCCAAAGUUACCUGCUCCCUUAAACAACCCUCGUCUUGAGGACCCCGUCGAGAGUUGGGUAUCAUACUACACUGCAAACCCCAGCUCAUGUCCAAAGGGCAUCCGACGCGAACCCGAUGGUCGUCCCGUCGUUUCCGAUAUGAAAGCCAGUCGAACCGUAGCUCGCCUACGCCCCCUAGUCCACCCGAGUGAUCCCGAAUCCCGCGAAGCCCGACAGAAAUACAUGACUGUCGUCACAGAGCUCUUCUCUGAGCCAGGAGAAUACUCCAACAUCCUUCGGAGAGGUGCUUUCAGCGUCUCUCCCCACGUCUGCUAUGCGCCUUUUGUGGGCAUGGCAGACAAGAUCGACAAGUUGUCCAUCGCGCGUCACUUUGCUGCUUGUGGCGUGACUAUUCCCAUGGCUGAUGAUGAGCUUGGGCCAUGGGCUCAGGAGUAUCUUCGCGAUUAGCGAAUGAAUGACAUAGACUUACUCCGCAUCAUCUCCGCAUCAUCAUACAUUACACGCGUACCAGACAUCCGGUUAGGUCUCUGCAUACAUAGUUCCCAUAGAUCACAUCCCCGAGGUCGUACGAUUCACACUUAAUUGCGGACGUAGUACGAUAUUUAGAUCGCGACGGUUUUCGUACAUAGUGUAUUUCCGCAUAGUACAGUCAUUCACCGUUAUUUGCGUUCGCCUUGCAUGUCACUCGAAUCUGAUACUAUCUCGUGUAACUUUUGUGCUCUAUCAUAUGAGUUGCAUAUGUGCAUGAC